GGGCCGCGGCAGCGGGAACGCCAUUGGCGAGGCUGGGACCGGCAUCGGAGCUGGAGCCGCGGCAGCUUCUUCCGGUGGCGGCGGAAGUGGGCAGCGGCGCGGAAUGGCGGACCCGCGGCGGCCGGCACGGGUGGCCAGGUACAAGCCACCGGCCACCGAGACCAACCCGGCGCUGGAGGACCCCACACCCGACUACAUGAACCUGCUGGGGAUGGUCUUCAGCAUGUGCGGGCUCAUGCUUAAGCUGAAGUGGUGCGCCUGGAUCGCCGUCUACUGCUCCUUCAUCAGCUUUGCGAACUCCCGCAGCUCCGAGGACACGAAGCAGAUGAUGAGCAGCUUCAUGCUCUCCAUCUCAGCUGUUGUGAUGUCCUACCUGCAGAACCCGCAGCCCAUGUCCCCACCAUGGUGACGGCCGGGCCGGCGCAAUAAAGGGGCUGCUUCGCUUG